AGAUGGCAGCGUACAUGGAAUAAGAUGUAUACUCUUAAACUCUUGAAUUAACAAGUAUCGUCCUAUGUUACUUUAUUUGUACGGCAAAAAUUACAUUUUGUAAUGAUGCAAAAUAUGUCACGUUUUCUGAGAGUAAUAUCUCGAUAUAAAAUGCGGAGAUUUUUCAGUAAUCUUCAGCGAUCAUCGCCUGCAAUCGAUAGAUUGAAUACAGAAUGUACAUUGUCGAUAAAGCAAAAAAUAGAAAAUUAUUGGAGAGAUAAAGUUAAUUCUCACAAAUGCAAUGCUAAUGACAUAAAAGAUAAAUUUUAUGUUCUUUCUAUGUUUCCAUAUCCAUCUGGUGCUUUGCAUAUGGGUCAUGUUAGAGUUUAUACAAUAAGUGACGUUUUAGCUCGAUUUUAUAGACUCAAAGGUAAAAAUGUGAUUCAUCCUAUGGGUUGGGAUGCUUUUGGGUUACCAGCAGAAAAUGCUGCUAUUGAAAGAAAAAUUGAUCCUGCUGUAUGGACAAGCGAAAAUAUAAAGACAAUGCACGACCAGUUGAAAAAGCUGAAUUAUUCUUUUGAUUGGGAGAGGGAAUUUGCAACUUGCGAUGCAGAUUAUUAUAAAUGGACACAGGAUCUGUUUCUAAAAUUAUUUGAUAAAGGUUUGGCCUAUCAAAAAAAAGCUUAUGUUAAUUGGGAUCCUAUUGAUCAGACUGUAUUAGCUGAAGAACAGGUAGACUUGAAUCAACGAUCUUGGAGAUCUGGUGCAAUUGUAGAAAAAAAAUUAUUAAAACAAUGGUUUAUUAAAACAACAGCUUUUGCAAAGUCAUUGAUGGAGGGUUUAGAUGAUCCAAACUUGAAAGACUGGAGAGAUAUCAUAAAGUUACAGAAACAUUGGAUAGGUGAUUGCAAUGGCAUUAAUAUCGAUUUUAAAAUGAUAUCCGAAAUUCCAGAUUUUCCGGAGACAAUCAAUUUAUGGACCGAUAUGCCAGAAUUUAUAGAGCACGCAAAGUUUGUUGCUAUAUCUCCUCAAAGUAUAUUACAUCGUAAAGAAUAUACAUAUGAUAUAGACGUCGGAAUAAAAGGUUUAAAUGCAAAAAUAAUAAAUCCAUUUUCUGGUGAUGAGUUGCCGAUUUUUAUCACUGAUAAAGUGAUUUACCCACCAUGGAGAGAUACCCGCUUAGGUGUACCUUCGGCAUCAAUGGACGAUUUAACAUUUUCGGAGUUAGUUGGAAUACCAUUUACACGACAUUCAAUACGUAACUAUGAACAGCAACAACAAAAGAUAUCUGAAAUAGUCCAGAAAGCUAGAAAAUGGGGAAUAGGUGGAUAUCCAGUAAGCUCGAGAUUACAAGAUUGGUUAAUCUCUAGACAAAGAUAUUGGGGUACACCUAUACCUAUUAUUCAUUGUAUAAAUUGUGGUGUUCAACCAGUACCUCGCGAUCAACUUCCUGUAACAUUACCAAAGAUAAUACAUUCAUCAUCGAAUAGAGGAUUUUCUAUCCAAGAUGUGAAAGAUUGGUUGCAGACAGAAUGUCCCAAGUGUGGAGGAAAAGCAACUAGGGAAGCUGAUACUAUGGAUACUUUUGUGGAUAGUAGCUGGUAUUUUCUAAGAUUUAUAGAUCCCAAAAAUACAAAGGAGAUGUUUGCGAUAGAAAAAGUUAAAGAAGCUUUUCCCGUAGAUCUUUAUAUAGGCGGAAAAGAACAUGCUGUACUCCACUUAUAUUAUGCCAGGUUUAUAAGUCACUUUUUGCAUUCAGAAGGUCUUAUACCAUGUAGAGAACCAUUUAGACAGCUUCUUGUACAAGGAGUAAUAAUGGGUAAAACAUAUAAAACUAAAAGUACUGGCAAAUAUGUGACAGAGGAUGAGAUAAUAAAGGAAGAAGACCAAUAUAAAACAAAGUCUGGAGAAGUUGUCUUUAUGAGCUGGGAAAAAAUGUCCAAAUCAAAAUAUAAUGGAGUUGAACCUUUUAACUUAUUGCAUAAAUAUGGAAUAGAUACAACUAGAUUAUUAAUAUUGGGUGAUGUUGCACCAACAUCUACUAGAAACUGGUCGGAAGAUACUAUUCCUGGUAUAAAGAAUUGGCAAAAUCGCAUAUGGAAUAGUGUUAAACAAUUUAAAAGUCAACGUGAUUGUAUAUCUUUGGAAGAAUUUCAAAAUGAACCUACUGAUCCUACAUAUGUUGAACAUAAUGCAUAUAUGUUUGACAGUCGAAAUUAUUUUCUCAAAAAUGUAACACAUAACAUGGUAAAAACACAACAGCUUAGUAUAGCAAUAUCUAGAAUGCAAGGUCUUACAAACAGUUUGCGAAAAGUAAGCAUAGAGUGCUUGAGAAAAAGUCGCGAAUAUGAACGAGCAUUAGCUGUUCAAAUUAUAAUGCUCGCGCCAUUUGCACCACACUUUGCCUCUGAGCUAUGGGCUAUUUUUUGUUCUGUGAAACAUCAUCUUAUAGAUAAUAAUGAAGUAAGCUUAGACAAAGAUGUGCUCGAACAAAAGUGGCCAGAAAUUGAUAUGGAUUAUAAACUUGUAUUAAAUGUUUAUAUAAACAAAAGACAAUUUUUGAAACUAAAGAUUCCCCGACACAUAUUAGACAAAAUGACAGCAGAGAUGGCAUUGGAAUAUGUGACUCUUGAUCAACAUUAUCAAAAGAAGUCAGAUGAUAAAAACAUUGUAGAAAUCAAUCUUCAAUCAGAGAAAGGCUGUGAUGCAUCAUUGUAUAUAACCAUGGAAAAACAGAAAAAAGAUAUUAGGAAUGCUAUUACAGAUAGCAGGUAGACAUUAUAAUAUUUUUCUCCUUAAU